ACGACUACUGCCGCGCCGGCAGUGACUGAGCGCCAGCAGCAGUAGUUCCCGCGCUCCGGUCGCGUGACCGUUCCUCCUCAACGCCGACUGAAGUGGGAAAGCUCACUCCCGCCGCACAAUAACGAAGCCUGGGCGCCGCGAGCGGGAGAUUCUAGUCCGUCAGGGGACAGAAGCGGAGGGAUACUGAGGUCCGAGUCUGUCUGAAGUGAUUCCACAUUGUAGUGUACGGGCCGGGUUUCUGACAGGACAAAUCAGGUCUCAUGAGUCCUAAACUGAACGGUCCAUAAACAUACGUGCACACUGCACAGUAACUGCCACCACCCCCGCAUUCCCCCCACACCAUCCCUCCUAGUGAUUCCAGUGAGGUAUGGUAAGCAUAAUUAUAUGGGUGCACCAUGCACCCUUAAGGAAGCAAAAUGCAGAUUAAAGGAUGUCGUCUUGCACCUUCCGUCAAGAUUUUGUCAACAUUUCCGACCUGCACCCUAAUCUCUGCCGCCCAAGUAUAAUAGGCAUUGUAAUUGGGAAAACAGAUGUCAAAGGAUUUCCAGACCGAAAAAAUAUUGGAACAGAAAGGUACACGUUCAGUUUCACAAUAAGAGAUUCGCCAGCCGCCUUCAUAAACGCCUCGUCCUGGGGUAGAGAAGAUUACAUUAAAUCUCUUUCAGAAAGUUUUCGAGUUGGUGACUGUGUUAUAAUAGAAAAUCCUCUUGUGCAAACAAAAGACGUAGAGAGAGAAGAAAAAUUUAAUCCUUCAACACCAAGCUACUACAAGUUGCUUAUCAGUGAAGUCCAUUCCUUGGUGAAGAUAUGCUCUAGAUAUGAAGCUGACACCAGCCUGCUGGCUGUAUUGCACGUUCCUACUAAAGAUCUACAUGACUAUUAUUCACUGGGAGACAUUGUUGCAAAUGGACAAAGCCUUAAUGGAAAAAUCAUUAAUGUUCUUGCAGCAGUAAGAUCGGUUGGAGAAAUAAAGUCCUUUACAACUUCUGACAAGAGAAAAGGCCAAAGAUGUGAGGUCAAGCUGUUUGAUGACGCAGUUGAUUCAUUUGCACUGAUGUGCUGGAGUAAUGAGUGCAUCCAGUUGGCACAGACCUGGAUACCACGAGAAACAGUGCUUUUCGCAUCAGAGAUACGUAUAAAUUAUGACUCCUUUCGAAAUUCAAUGGUCGCAACUGUUGUGUCAAAAACUAUCUUCACAAUCAAUCCAGACAUGCCAGAAGCUCAAGCCCUAUUAAGUUACGCAAGAGAUUGCUCUGAAAAUGGAGCUUUUGUGGAAGAAAAUGAUGAAAUUUCUGCAGACUUAGCAAAAUUGGAGACUAUAAUGGAUGUGUAUACAGUGCAGCAGAUUAAAGACAGAGCUCUGCAGGGAGCCGUGAAAAAUAACCCUCUUUAUGGUAUUGUCUUCGCUUACAUCUCCAUGCUGAACAUCGAUGCCAACGUUAGCAAAAUCGUUAGAGAUAGAUGCUCACGAUGCCAUUACCUGGUCACAGAUUCAUCAGAAGGAUGCACCUAUACUUUCUGCAAUGAGAUGUCAGCAGAUCCAAAAUCUGUGUUCACCAGUUUAGAUUUGCGAGUGGACAUUACAGAUCACACCGGGACGCUGCCUUGUAACUUAUCUGGCAGCGUGGCAGAGGAUACAUUAUCAUGCACGGUAGAUGGAUUUUUCAAUUUAACAGAAGACCAGAAGACAUCUUUGAAAUGGAAUUUCCUACUGGAACGCUGCAAAAUCUAUUUGAAGGAGAUUCUGUGGCAUGGAGUGGGUGUGUCGGUGAAAGAGGCUGUGAACCGCGCACACAGGAGGCCAUACAGGGAUGGAGAAACUGCCAUACUGCAAGUGCAACCCAUACUCAACCCAUACUCGAUGGUGCAACCCAUAGUGGUGUCUAAAGGCUCACCAAGUGGUAUUUCUAUGUCUACGGACGCUGGUAAUGGGCGUCUUAGUCCAUGUGCAUACAGACAUGGAUCUCCACCAGGGAAGGGCUCUGUAGCAACAUCAGCAUAAAGAAUCAGCCAUGACUGCGGCAAAAGACUGACCACGCCCACAUCCAGCUCAGAAUCAGCCUGUAGUUACUCAACCAGUAGUACUAUUUCUUCAUCAAGGACCGCUGGCCUCAAUGGCUCCUACUGCAUUGAAAAGGCAGCAUUCCCAUUAAUACUGGUAAUUCCCUGAAAUUGUUGCAUCCAUUGUGGUGGGUGCGGCCUGUACAAGGCUGGAAGGUGAGGAGGGCUUGCAAAGCCAGAUUCCCCUCCUCUCUCUGAGCUUUUCAAAUACCCCUCGCCGAGAACCCUGCUCAGCUGUGCCGUCCAUAUAUACCCAGAUGAUGCCCCCAUUCUGCUCUUCAUCAUAGCAAAGUCAGGGGCUUGGGAGGAACAGACAUGUCCAGGCCCUCCCCUUAGCUCCCUCCCGCCCUCUCCGGUCAGCCAAUAACCAUCACCUCUCCUCUACCCUGGUCACUGCAUCCCAUGCAUGAUCCAAGAGUUUGCCCGCACAGUUCCCCUUCCCGGGAAAGAGCUCCCUCGCUCUAUUAGACUCUCCCCGAUCUUGCAGAGCUUCAAACGGGCACUGAAACCCCACCUGUUCAUCACAGUGUACCGUUCCACAUAACCUAGUCUCAGGGCCACUCUCCCAACCUCCUGCCUCAUGCCUUGGCCAUCUAUGCCUUGCUUACUUCCUGCCAUCAGGCCACCUUUCCGCUUGCUCGCACCUCAUGUCACCUGCCCGUCUCCCCCCUCCCCCUAGAUUGUGAGCUUCUUGGAGCAGGACCCUCUUUCCUCCUGUUCACUUCUCAAAGACCUCUUCUCUCACACUUCAAUUACAGCUCUCUCCUACUUUGCUUCCUUACAUCUCGGCUGUAGUGUUUACUGUGAAUUGUGUAAUGUGUGUCGUAUAUACGGCGCUGCGAAACACUUGUGGCGCUUUAUAAAUAAAAUGUAGUAAUAAUAAUAAUAAUAAUAUGUGGCCUAGUGAUGCACAGUUCCACCCCUGGCAACAGGUUUCCAGGUUAUCAGGUUUUCUUGCUUCCAGAACAUUUAUAAUACAGCUUAUUGCACUUUUUUC